UCGACGUCUGACGUUUGGGACGCCACUGCCAGCUGAUGAUAGCGCUUGACUGAUAUAAAGUGAUAAAUUUAAUUGUAGUUGUAUUAAACAUAGUGCAUUUUUAAUUCUAGUGCUAUUUAAAUAAGUUAGACAUUUUGUAUAAUGAACCUUUCAGAAAAUGACGCUGACGAUACUUCGAGUGUGGAUAGUACUUCAAACACUGACAAUACCUCGCGUAGUGAAACCCCAACAAAUACCAGAGUUAAGAAGCGAAGACGUGGAAAGAAAAAGGUUACGAAACAAGUAAAACCUCCAUACAAAUUUAAUUGCAGUGCAAAAGAAGACCACGGACAGCCUUUAUUUGGCUGUCAGUUCAAUCAUCACCUGGGUGAAGGAGAGCCCCAGAUAUUCGCAGUGGUUGGAAGCAACCGUGUUUCCAUAUAUGAGUGCCCUGAAACUGGAGGGUUCAAGUUCCUACAGUGCUAUGCUGAUCCUGAUGUAGACGAGACAUUUUACACAUGCGCAUGGUCAUACGAAGAGGAAACUCAUUUACCACUAUUAGCGGUCGCCGGCUCACGCGGCAUUGUACGCGUCUUCCAACCAUCCACACAGACCUGCAUAAAGCACUACAUUGGACAUGGGCAUGCCAUCAACGAGGUCAAAUUCCAUCCACGAGACCCAAAUCUAUUACUAUCUGCGAGUAAAGACCAUGCUUUACGUCUAUGGAACAUUAUGACAGAUGUGUGCAUAGCUAUUUUUGGGGGGGUGGAAGGUCAUAGAGAUGAAGUACUAAGCGCAGAUUUUGACUUGAAGGGAGAACGAAUAAUGUCCUGUGGGAUGGACCAUUCCCUAAAACUCUGGAGGUUGGAUAAACCGUCAAUGAAUGAGGCAAUAAAACAAAGUUAUAAUUUUAAUCCGCACAGAGCUUUGAGGCCUUUCAACUCGCUGAAGGAACACUUUCCGGACUUCUCGACGAGGGACAUACAUAGGAAUUAUGUUGACUGUGUUAGAUGGAUGGGAGAUUUGAUCUUAUCCAAGUCAUGCGAAAAUGCAAUAAUCUGCUGGAAGCCAGGUCGCCUGGAAGAAACGGAUAUUCGACCCGGAGACAACUCCGUCACUAUCGUUCACAGAUUCGAUUACAAAGAGUGCGAAAUAUGGUUCAUACGAUUUGCUGUGGAUUAUAGCCAAAGAGUAAUAGCGCUAGGUAACCAAUGCGGCAAGACAAUGGUGUGGGAGCUAGGCAACGUCGCGGGCGGCUCACGAGUCUCGCAACUAGUCCAUCCGCGCUGUGUGGCUGCUGUUAGACAGGUAACACUGUCCCGUAACGGCAAAGUGCUUUUAACGUGCUGCGACGACGGUACCAUCUGGCGAUGGGACCGCGUCAACAAUGGGAACAUUUAGAUAUAAGCUAAGUUGAACUAUAUACUGUAUAGCUGUACUGUUUACAUUUUUAUAUUAUUUUAUUCAUGAUAGUAAAAUAACUGAGAAUGGA